AUGGAUCUGUUAAUCCACCUCAGUGCAGUAUUCGGGUGGUUUAUCCUAAAUUUAGUGGGCAUCUCGUCGCCUCCUUCCAGGGCCUCCGGCGUAGUUGGCUGCUGCCAGUCCCAUGAGGUGCUUGGCUUGAAGGGCACCAGAGUAUCCACGGCUGAGGCCAAGAUCAAGGGCUCGUUUCUCGCUAGUAAUGUCUUCUUUAUAGUUUUCCAUUUUGCGUUCCAUCUGGAUGAGGUUUCCGAGGCGGUUCAGCAUGUCCAUGAUCUCUUCUGGUUCGUAUUGAAUGUCUUCACGGAAGUAGUUGCUCGGAUACCUGGGGUAUGCAGAGGCGGGCAUAAUGAGGAGCAGGGUCAUGAGCACGCAGCUCGCUAA